AUGUCCUAUCACGCCGAUAUCUCCGACAAUCUACACCCAAACACCCCUUCUCACCUUAAUUCCGUUCUCUACUAUGAGGACCCCAUCGUCAUGCCCAUCCUGGUCAACAAUGACCAAAAUGGUGAACAGUCAAUGGCCCCUGGCCAGCUAUAUCCGCCGGGCUACUUCACCAACCUGCUGAAUGACAACGACAACCACUCAUUCGACAUGGGAUCCUCAUCUUUCCCCAUCCUGCACCGUCGUCCAUCCGAGUAUCGUCCCUCCGCCAACCAUCUUCCUUUUGGUGCGGCCUUCCCACCCUUAAUGGACGAGCCUCUUCCCUCGACGGAGGACUUUACUGACAUGCCAGCAAUGCCUCCAAUGCCUACUGCCAUGACCACUCCAACUCCCCAGUGGCCCAUGCCUCCCGCCCCGCACAUGGUCGCCAUGUCUACCAUGGCUUCAACAGCUGGCAUGCCGUUCGGAUGGACGACAGGACCCCCAAGCUUCAUCAACCCCGUCCCUCCCCCCUUGCCUCUCUCCACAAAGCCCAACUUGAGAAAGCGCACCACGACGGGGUUGGGCCCUGUCACUCGCACACCCACCCACACAACCAGUAGGCCCGCCGUCGUGCUCGACGAGCACCACCCCAAGCCCGAGGCAGCCUACUACCCUCCCACCAAGCGCAUCAAGCGCGAGCCCGUCGAGACACCCCGAAAGCCAUCGUGGGCAGCCUCCUCUCACCCCGAAGACGGCUCGGUAGUCUCCCUCCCCCGUCCUCCCCUGGCCCAACCGCGGCAGGUCACCCCCCAGCCUGCAGCGGAGCAGUCCGCAGCCAACUCGGGACACAAGAGCAGCAGCGGCGUCAGCAGCAGCACCUACGACAGCACCUACGACUCGCUUAGCGAUGUCUCCCCCCCUCCCCCUCCCCCUUCCUCCCCCUCGUCAUCUCCCUCCCCUGCUACUCCUCGUCCCGUACAACCCCCCUCCGUGCAGAACCCACCACCCCCAAUCAUCCCCCGCCCCCUGGAGCCGUUCCCGGAAGCAGGAACCAUCAUGAACUUCCCGCUUCCGCAGAUCGACCACCAGGGGCAGCGGCCCGCAGCCGCGGAGCGGUACUUGUCCUCUCUCCAGGACGACUUCCUCUUCCAUGCCCUGGACUCGUACGAGAUUGAGACGGAGUACCGCAAUGCGCUGCGGGUUCGCGAGCGGGUGGACUGGGACUGCCGGCGGUUGGGGUUGCGGCUGCGGUACUUGCGUCGGUGCCAGGCGAGGGCGGCGGAGAGAUAUCCGAUGGCCCGGGAGUGCGAGUGGCAGCGUGGGGAUUUUGGGGAGCAGGUUGCGGGAUAUGAAUACUGA